UUGCUCUGUGCACUCUUGCAGGUUGGUCGUUGGUUGGUUGUUUUGGGGCUUCUCUGAUUUCCUUUCCUUUCCUUUCUUUUAUAUUUUUUUGUUUUCCUUCCAAUGGCUCUCUUCUUCCUUCACUCUUUCACUCUGCUCCUGUUACUUUCUUGCUUCUCUGCUUCUCUGUUUCUCUGCAAUGCUUAUUACCCGUUGAAGCACCGCCACCAACACCAUCCCCGCUUCGCCAGCCACAACUACAGGGAUGCUCUCACCAAGUCCAUCCUCUUCUUUGAAGGGCAGAGAUCUGGGAAGCUCCCUCGCAGCCAGAGGGUCACCUGGAGGAGAGACUCUGGCCUCUCGGAUGGGUCUGCUGCCAAUGUGGAUUUGGUGGGAGGGUACUAUGAUGCAGGGGACAAUGUGAAAUUUGGGUUCCCAAUGGCGUUCACCACCACAAUGCUCUCAUGGAGUGUCAUUGAGUUUGGUGGGUUGAUGAAGGAAGAGUUGGGGCAUGCCAAGGAUGCCAUUCGGUGGGCCACUGACUAUCUCCUCAAAGCCACUGCUCAUCCAGACACCAUCUACGUCCAGGUGGGUGAUGCUAACAAGGACCACUCAUGUUGGGAGAGACCAGAGGAUAUGGACACACCGAGGAGUGUGUACAAGAUAGACAGGAACAACCCUGGCUCUGAUGUGGCCGGCGAAACAGCUGCUGCUCUUGCUGCUGCCUCCUUGGUCUUCAGGAGGAGUGACCCCACUUACUCUAGGCUCCUGGUCAGGAGGGCCAUCAGUGUUUUCCAGUUUGCUGAUAAGUACAGAGGAUCUUACAGCAACGGGCUGAAGAAUGUUGUGUGCCCCUUCUAUUGCUCUUUCUCUGGUUACCAGGAUGAGUUGUUGUGGGGCGCUGCUUGGCUGCAUAAGGCCACAAAGAACCCAACUUUUCUCGACUACAUUCAAGUGAAUGGACAGACCCUUGGAGCUGCUGAAUAUGACAACACCUUUGGUUGGGACAACAAGCACGCCGGCGCCAGAAUUCUGCUCUCCAAGGCAUUCUUGGUGCAGAAUGUGCAGUCUCUCCAUGACUACAAGGGCCACGCGGAUAACUUCAUCUGCUCUGUCAUACCGGGGGCUUCUUCUGCUCAAUACACCCCAGGCGGCCUUCUGUUCAAGAUGAGUGAUGGCAACAUGCAGUAUGUGACCUCCACCUCCUUCUUGCUCGUGACCUACGCCAAGUACUUAACCUCGGCGAACAUGUUCGUCAAUUGUGGAGGCACCACCAUCACUCCGAGCAGACUCCGCAACAUCGCCAAGAAACAGGUGGACUAUCUACUUGGGGACAACCCCUUGAGAAUGUCCUACAUGGUGGGGUACGGCCCGCGAUACCCGCAGAGGAUCCACCACAGGGGAUCGUCCCUCCCUUCGGUCGCCUCCCACCCGGCAAAGAUCCAGUGCUCCUCGGGCUUCAACUUCAUGAACUCGCAGUCGCCCAACCCGAACAUCCAUGUGGGCGCAAUAGUGGGCGGGCCAGACCAGCACGACCGGUUCCCGGAUCAACGGUCCGAUUACGAGCAGUCUGAGCCAUCUACCUACAUGAAUGCGCCCCUGGUUGGCGCGCUGGCUUAUCUAGCCCACUCUUUCGGGCAGCUCUAGGCUUAUCUAGCCCGGACCAUCGUUUUUUUAACUUCUCCUUUUCCCUUUCUUCUUGUAUUUUAGUAUGGAAGUCGAGAUUAGGGUCCUGAAAAGGUGCAAUGGGGCUGAAGAGACAUGGCCUAAAAAAAAUGGGUCAGAGUCGAGCCUCGCGCCUUCGAAACACACCAGUGGCUAAGGUGUAGAUAGGUGGUUUUAGAUCUUUCACGUGCUGUGUCGUGUCGUGUGAGUCCAAGUUUCGUGCCAGGAACGGCGCUUCUGCAAGGAAAAAAGGGUCGUCGCGACUGUCUUGUUUAAUGGCACACAACUUGGUUCUUGAAAUGAUGUAACUGCUCUGUUUUUUGGAGGGUUUGUUACUCUUGGUGUUUUUUGGAA